AAAGAGAGAAGGCGAGUUGGAAAAUCAGGAUCAAAUCGGGAAAAUCGGUAGGAAAAUCGUCUGCACAAAUUUUAUUCAACUUUACGACAAAAGCUAGUGGCUUUCCGGUGAAAUUUGUUCACAAUCGGUAGCAACGGCGAUUCUCCACCGGGAAACGUUCGAGUUUGGUGAACUGGACCGUUGCAGGGCGGUCAUUCUCCCGAUUAAAAUAGCACCAGUAUCAUCAUCUUAACCCGUGUCACAAUCACCCAGCACAAGGUGCAGGAAAAAUGCGACCCAAAAAAAGUCAAAGAAGCAGCAGCGAAUCGUAGCCAGUAGUAGAAACAUUAACGAAACCAGGGCCGUUUAAAUGGUGAACCUGCCAAUGCAACGUCGUCGUAUCGUAGCCAACAGCAAUAACUACUACUUUGCCCGGGUACAACAAAUCACAGUGCGAAAGUUUCGUUACCAAUUAGUUGCAGUGGUGUCGCUAGGUGUCCACCUCCUGUAGCUAGACAAGGGCUAGAUCUUUCCCAGGAACCAUGCCGGAACACCUGGAACUUCAGCAGCUGGUCGGCGGGGUGCUACAGGGUGGCGUCGGCCAUCGAUCCUGGAUCGGUUGGCUGCAGUGUUCCUGUCCCUAUCUGGGUAUCAUCCUGGCCACCGUCUCGUCGCUGUUCUUUUCAUUGUGUUCCGUCAUUGUGAAGGGGUUGGUCGAGGUGAAUCCCAUCGAGUUGGCAACGUUUAGAUUCAUCGGGGUGCUGCUUCCAUCGAUUCCGAUCGCCAUCUACAAGGAGGAGAGCUUUUUCCCGCGGGGCAAGCGGAUCAUCCUGGUGCUGCGAUGCUUCGUGGGCACCACCGGUCUGAUGCUCAGCUUCUACGCCUUCCGGCACAUGCCCCUGGCCGACGCUUCGGUGAUCAUUUUCUCGACGCCGGUAUUUGUGGCCAUCUUUGCGCGGCUGUUUUUGCGGGAAUCUUGCGGAAUUUUCAACGUGAUAACGAUUGUGUUGACGUUGAUCGGGGUGGUUCUGAUUACUCGGCCACCAUUUCUGUUUGAGGAAGGGAGUAGUAGCAGUGGGGGUUCUAGUGGAUUAGCUGAGGAGCAGACCAUCGAGUCCAACUAUGACGUGUGGGGCCCGGUGGCCGCCCUUUCGUCCACCCUAUUCGGUGCCAAUGCUUAUGUUUUGCUACGAGCGUUGAAAGGAUUACACUUUUCCGUCAUAAUGACCAACUUCGGUGCGUUUGCACUGGUUUAUACGCUGAUCGUUUGCUACUAUCUGGGGGCCCUAUGCUGGCCCCUUUGCGGAUCGGACCGUAUGCUGGUGAUUGCGCUGGCUUUGUUUAGCUUUGGUGGACAAAUUCUGCUAACUCUGGCACUCCAGUACGAACAGGCCGGCCCGGUGGCAAUUGCUCGAUCCGCGGACAUCGUGUUCGCCUUCAUCUGGCAGAUCAUGUUCUUCAAGGAAACGCCGAACGUCUACUCGGUUCUCGGAGCCCUGCUGGUAGUAAGCUCCGUUGUCCUGUCCGGGAUGCGCAAGUGGGCCCUCGCCCUGCCCAGGGAUUCGGAUUUGAGAAAAAGAUUGAAAUUUCUUUUCCUAGAGUAAAAGGUAAGGACCCCCUAGCACGCAGCCACUAAAUAAGUGUAGUAUUGUCAUUAUAAAUUUGCCCCGCCCCAUACUAGCCUAUAUAAAAAAAAACAAGAAAAAAAAGUAAACAUUGUUUAACGGAACAAAGUGUAUUCAUACGGAAUCAAACAAACCCUAAUGCUAUCUACUAUCCACAAAACUUAAAAUGUAAUUUUAAGCUUAGGAUUAUUUUUAUACUUGAAGACAAGAAAAUAGUUAAUACGGCAGUAUUAUCGAUUACAAGAGGUAAGCGGAGGCAAAGUUUAAAUCCAAAGAAGCUGUUAAGUAUGUGCAUGGUUCUCUUACGGAAACUUAUGGAAACUUAUGGAAAACUAGUCAGGCGUAAAAGUGAUUGAUUAUUGUUGACACGAUUAGGCAAAGAUCGACAUUACUUAUAUAUUGCGAAAGGAAUUUCAGCAUAGUAGAAUUUAUUACGUUUCUGGGUUCGGGUGAACAGUUUGAUGUUUUGAAUCUGUGUUUUCUAUUUUUAGAAUUUUAAGUUUUCAUUCACUAUUUUAUAUUAAAUGUAUCUGAAUCAGAUAAAAAUAUUCAAAACUUGAAACUUUUAACCUUGCCCAGAACCACCAUAUUGCUUUACUACCCUCUAGGGUUAACACACUAAAAAAACAACAAAGAAAUGAAGGCAGAUAAAAAAAACUCAUAUUGAUCUCUUUUUGAAGUAUUUUUUACUCCCUAAAUAUAAUGCCUACACAUAAUUAAAAAGAAGUAAAACUCUCGCCCUAAAAACCCUUAUCACCGUGUUAUCGACCAAAAAACGCAUUGUGAACUUGUUAGGAUUUAAGCCAACGGCAGCGAUUAAGUAAGAUUCUCCUACUCACUUUUUGCCCGUUUUAUCUCUAUCUCUCAGAAGAAAGCUUAUUCUCCGGUAUCAAUCAACCAGGUGUCUAUAGUAAUAACGAUGUUGGGCGAAAAAGAACCAUUCAUCAUAAGUUAAUUUUGUAACGAAUAGUAUAUAUUUGAAUUUCCAUUUCCCGAGUUUUUUUAAUAGCAACAUAACGACAGACUAUUUCGGUUUUUCUUGUAGAAACGUACUUCAUAGAAAAAACAAGCAAAAGUCAUCCCCUUAGAUAGAAUUUCACAUGAAAAAAAAAGAAGUUUAAAAGACAAAACUAAUUUAACUCGAAUUGUGCCACACUUGCUUGAAACAAAACCAAAAAUGAAAAAAAAGGAAGAAAUCAAAAUCAAUCCGAACUAAGUGUUGCUAGUUGUUGCUUGUUACUGGUUUAUUUUUCUGCAGUUGAAUUUUAAAUCUCAACUCUAAAUUUUCAAAUGAAUUGAUUAAAAUUCAAAACAAUUUAAAUCUGAAUUCUGAAUCUGAUUUGAAUUCUGAAUGAGUAAUGAAUCUGAAUUCUGAAUCUGAAUUCGGAAUCUGAGUUCUGAAUCUGAAUUCUGAAUCUGAAUUCUGCAUCUGAAUUCUGAAUCUGAAUUCUGAAUCUGAAUUCUGAAUCUGAAUUCUGAAUCUGAAUUCUGAAUCUGAAUUUUGAAUCUGAAUUCUGAAUCUGAAUUCUGAAUCUGAAUUCUGAAUCUGAAUUCCGAAUCUGAAUCUGAAUUCUGAAUCUGAAUUCUGAAUCUGAAUUCUGAAUCUGAAUUCUGAAUCUGAAUUUUGAAUCUGAAUUCUGAAUCUGAAUUCUGAAGCUGAAUUCUGAAUCUGAAUUCUGAAUCUGAAUUCUGAAUCUGAAUUCUGAAUCUGAAUUCUGAAUCAGAAUUCCGAAUCUGAAUUCUGCAUCUGAAUUCUGAAUCUGAAUUUUGAAUCUGAAUUCUGAAUCUGAAUUCUGAAUUCUGAAUUCUUAAUCUGAAUUCUUAAUUUGAAUUCUUAAUUCGUAUCCUGGAACUGAAUUCUGAAUCUGAAUUCUGAAUCUGAAUUCUGAAUCUGAUUUCUGAAUCUGAAUUCUGAAUCUGAUUUCUGAAUCUGAAUUCUGAAUCUAAAUUAUGAAUCUCAAUUCUUAAUCCGUAUUCUGGAACUGAAUUCUGAAGUUCUUUUCUGAUUUUGAAUUCUAAUAUCGAAUCUGAGUUUGUAUUCUGAGUUAGAUUUUCUGGUUCGAAUUUUGACACACAUUCCUCUCAUCAAUAAGUGCAAAAAUUAAUACAUAAAUAUAACAAUUUACCAGCAGUGCACCCAGUUUGUUAAUUAUUGCUAAGCGCGUGUCUUAUUGACUUCUCUUUAGGUAGUCUGUUCUUAACAAAUUCGUUUAUUGAUAUUAUUUUUUUUUAAACAAGUACAGUUUGAUCACAUUUGGUGCUACUCCAGUAGAAGAAGCUUUGCUUCGUCAUAAUUAAACAUUGUUGACUAGUUUGAUUUUUUUUAUCGCAAUAUUUAGUUUUGAUACUUUAUUCAGUUAAGCUCCUCACUCUUGUUAGGUGUGGUAUAUUUAUAGUAUGUCUUUAAAACAAAAAACAAACAAACAAACAAACCAAGAAAUGGAAAAUAUAAAAAAAAACACGUUACUAUCAAGUCAAGUCUUAAGAUAAGACAGAAUGGGGAAAACCGAAAAAAUAGCAGAAAGAUAAAGUUACACUGACGCAAAAUAAGUUUCAGAUGAAAGGCAAAUGUAAACUCGUAAAAACCCAAAAAAAAAGUCGUGGACGACAAACAACCAAGCUUAGUCGAAGUAUGAUUGUAAAUUGUAAAACGAUACAAAAUAAACUAUCCGAUAUUGUGGGAAAUCUUAUUGAUCAUCAAUCAAACUUAGAUAAACAGGGCUCCUGUUUCCGGUGUUUUGUUUUCUCUCUUAAAUUCCAUAGAAAGUAGUGAGAAA